AUGGCGGAGGCGUCGAGGUGGCACCGAGGUGGGACUCCGAAACCUAAGCUGCAUUACAGAAAGGAAGUAGAAAUUAGAACCACACUUCAGGAGUUGGCACUCUACUUUAUUUUUUUAAUAAACCUAUGUAUAUUGACUUUUGGGAUGGUAAACCCACAUAUGUAUUACUUAAACAAAGUUAUGUCAUCUUUAUUUUUGGACACUUCUGUGCCUGGUGAUGAAAGAACCAACUUUAAAUCUAUACGCAGCAUAACUGAUUUUUGGAAGUUUAUGGAAGGACCCCUUUUGGAAGGUCUAUACUGGGACUCAUGGUACACUAACAAGACGUUGUAUGAUUUAAAGAACAGCAGUCGCAUCUACUAUGAGAACAUACUUUUAGGAGUCCCCAGAGUCCGUCAACUAAAAGUCCGCAACAACACAUGCAAAGUCUAUUCAUCUUUUCAGUCUUUGAUGAAUGAAUGUUAUGACAAAUAUACUUCUAAAAGUGAAGACAUGGAUGAAUUUGGCCUUAAACAGGAAACUGAAUGGAAGUAUGCUGCUCCUACUAGUUCCUCCCCUUGGCACUGGGGAUUUGUUGGUGUUUACCAAAAUGGGGGAUUUAUUUUCACUUUAUCAAAAUCAAAAUCUGAAACAAAAAACAAGUUCGUUGACCUUAAACUGAACAGCUGGAUCACAAGAGGGACUAGAGUUAUUUUUAUUGAUUUUUCAUUAUACAAUGCUAAUGUAAACCUGUUUUGCAUUAUCAGAUUGGCGGCAGAAUUCCCGGCAACCGGAGGAAUAAUUACUUCCUGGCAGUUUUACUCUGUGAAGCUCCUCAGAUACGUUAGCUACUAUGAUUAUAUCAUUGCUUCCUGUGAAAUCACAUUUUGUAUUUUUCUUAUUGUCUUCACAACACAAGAAGCCCAAAAAAUAAGAGAAUUUAAGUCUGCCUAUUUCAAAAGUGUUUGGAACUGGCUAGAAUUACUACUCUUGGUGUUGUGCUUUGUGACUGUUACCUUCAACAUAUACUGUAAUGUACAAAUUUUUCUCUUACUUGGAGACCUGUUAAAAAAUACUGAAAAAUAUUCAGACUUCUAUUUUCUUGCAUAUUGGCACACUUAUUACAACAAUGUAAUUGCUAUCACCAUCUUUUUUGCAUGGAUAAAGAUAUUCAAAUUUAUAAGCUUUAAUAAGACAAUGUCUCAGCUGUCAUCAACCUUGUCUCGCUGUCUCAAAGACAUAGUAGGAUUUGCCAUCAUGUUUUUUAUAAUAUUCUUUGCUUAUGCUCAGUUAGGAUUUCUCGUUUUUGGAUCACAAGUUGACGACUUUUCCACUUUUCAAAAUGCCAUAUUUGCACAAUUUCGAAUUGUUCUUGGAGAUUUUAAUUUUGCUGGUAUUCAGCAAGCCAAUCGUAUCCUGGGACCCAUUUACUUCAUCACUUUCAUCUUUUUUGUGUUCUUUGUCCUGCUGAACAUGUUCUUGGCAAUUAUUAAUGAUACCUAUUCUGAAGUGAAAGCUGAUUAUUCAAUAGGCAGACGACCAGAUUUUGAACUUGGUAAAAUGAUUAAAAAGAGUUACAACAAUGCUCUUGAAAAGCUCAGACUAAAGAAACCUGAACAGGAUGAAGACAUAAGUAUGAAAGGAGAUUUGGCUGAGCAAGCCAGAAGAGAAGGCUUUGAUGAAAAUGAGAUCCAAAGUGCAGAGCAGAUGAAAAAGUGGAAAGAGAGGCUUGAGAAAAAGUACUAUUCCACAGAAAUUCAAGAUGACUACCAGCCUGUAACUCAACAAGAAUUUCGAGAUGGCACCACAACCAAGUACAAAAUGAUACUCCCGGAGUGCCUGACAAAAUGA